AAUCAGCGGAACCCAGCAUCUGUGCCAUGGAAACACGACGCGAGAACAGAGCAAGUUGGCAGUUGCAGAGGCGUUGACUCUCAAGGAAAUAGGAAGAUGCUCUGGUUUGUUUACAAAGAGAGCUUGCAGACCUGCCAUAAUGAAUGGCGUGAAUCAACAAUAUCCCACCAAAAAAGGCCCAUGCCAAUCUCACCCCCGAUAACUCUACAUAUUUCUCAUUCACAAAGCAUGAAAACAGAGGUGGAGCUCUCUCAGCUCUUUCUUUUUAAGAAGAGGGAAAUCAGCCCUCGUCGAUGCCUGUAGCAAACAUCUCCGCCAUGGGAACUCUCAUACGGGAUUUGGUAGAAGACGAGGAACACAUUUUCCGCAGCCAACUUCCUGAGGUCCAAGUGCCGGAUGAUAUCACAUUGCCGGAGUUUGUACUUCAGAAUGCUGAAUCAUAUGCUGAAAAUGUUGCAUUUGUGGAAGCUGUGAGCGGAAAGGCGUAUACUUACCGUGAAGUCGUGAGAGACACGAAGAGAUUCGCUAAGGCCUUGAGCUCUCUGAGGUUGAGGAAGGGUCAGGUGGUUAUUGUUGUUCUUCCUAACGUUGCAGAAUAUGCCAUUGUGGCUCUAGGGAUAAUGGCUGCUGGGGGUGUGUUUUCUGGUGUGAAUCCAGCAGCUCACAUAUCAGAAAUCAAAAAGCAGGUGGAGGCAGCCGAUGCCAAGCUCGUUGUCACAAAUAGCCCAAACUUCGAAAAGGUGAAGGAAUUAAAGCUACCAGUGAUAGUAUUGGGUGAAGAACUGAUUGAAGGUUCCAUGAACUGGCACAAACUGCUCGAAGCCGCGGACCGUGCAGGCAACAAUCAUGUCAAGGAAGAUAUCAAGCAGUCUGAUUUGUGUGCUCUUCCUUUCUCGUCAGGCACCACAGGGGUUUCCAAAGGUGUCAUGCUAACUCACCGAAAUCUAGUGGCUAACUUGUGUUCUACUCUCUCCGGCGUGCCCCGAGAAACGGAGGGCAAGGUCACGACGUUAGGCCUCAUUCCGUUCUUCCAUAUUUAUGGGAUAACUGGCAUAUGUUGUGCCACACUUAGAAACAAAGGCAAAGUUGUGGUGAUGGGAAGAUUUGAUCUUAGGACCUUCAUUAAUGCCCUGAUAACACAGGAGGUCACAUUUGCUCCAAUUGUUCCUCCCAUCAUCUUGGCUUUGGUUAAGAAUCCCAUUGUGGAGGAAUUUGAUCUUAGCAGUCUCAAACUUCAGGCAAUCAUGACUGCAGCCGCCCCGCUCGCACCGGAAAUUCAGACUGCCUUUGAGAAAAAGUUCCCGGGCGUGGAUGUUCAAGAGGCAUAUGGACUAACUGAGCACAGCUGCAUCACUCUCAACUAUGGAAGCAUAGGCAAGGAGAAUCUCACUGCAAAGAAAAACACAGUUGGCCGAAUUCUUCCUAAUCUAGAAGUCAAAUUCAUCGACCCCGAGAGCGGAAGAUCUCUGCCAAAGAAUACUCCGGGAGAAAUAUGUGUAAGAAGUCAGUGUGUGAUGCAAGGCUACUACAAUAAUGAAGAGGAGACUUCAAGGACCAUUGACAACAGAGGAUGGCUGCACACUGGGGACAUUGGAUACAUCGAUGACAAUGGCGAUGUGUUUAUUGUGGAUCGUAUUAAAGAGUUGAUUAAGUAUAAAGGCUUUCAAGUUGCUCCAGCUGAGUUAGAAGCAAUCCUCCUUACUCAUCCCUCCAUUGAAGAUGCAGCAGUGGUGCCGUUGCCAGAUGAAGAAGCCGGUGAAAUCCCAGCAGCGAGCGUCGUGAUAGCUCCAAAUUCGAAAGAAACUGAAGAAGAGAUAAUCCAAUACGUUGCCUCAAACGUUGCAUAUUACAAGAAAGUCAGGGUGGUUCAUUUUGUGGACUCUAUCCCAAAAUCGCCUUCUGGGAAAGUUAUGAGAAGGCUGAUCAAAGAGAAGAUGAUCGAUAAGAUUCGAGCCAAGACCGCCUCUUGAUCUGUCUGAUUAACACAGUUUCCUGUCUUCUAAAAUUUCAAAUCCUGAGAGAUGUUUGAAUUAGGUGUCAUGUCUAUACUUUGUCUGAAUCCUCUAAUAGAAUGGCCACUGAAACUAGCUCACACAUGUUUCUCUGGUUAGCCCGAAACUUAGCUUGUUUAUUUCCUUUUCAAGUUGCAUAUUUGAAAUUUAGCUUGUUUAUUUCGUUCAAAUUAAAUGAACUUUGUUCUACUGACUAAAAAUAAAAUGAUUUGAAUUAAACAUC